AGGAGCUUGGAAACACGGAAAAACUUCCCUGCAAUGCUACAUUAUCACCAUGUUUUAUGUUUAUGAAUGUAUUAAGCUUAACGAGUCGUGCAGCGGCAUGCAUAUGCAUGAGUACCGUACUAGUACUCUUUCGUACCCACGUUUUAGUUGUUCACCAGCACAAGCACCGAUAAAAUCUGAAGCUGUGGUCCCCUAAUCAAGUCUGAAGAUUUUUGUGACAGGAUGUUAGCCUCCUCCCGGCGAAAGGGCCGAGCGGACAGGGCCAAUGACCGCAGGCAGGCUCAGCGAACACGGGCCACCACGGACAGGAAUUCUUUUCAAAAUAACGCAGCAUGGCAAACGCAAACGCAAUCGACUCCAGAUCUUCAAGAACAGCAGCCGUAUUUGUCAAAUCUAGCGUUGAGCUUGCUGUACCCAAAUUUGCUACUUCCGGCGCAAGGUCAGCCGGAAGUUGUGUCAGCAGUACAAGAGGAACAAGGUCGGCGCAGCGGGCCGAGCAGGAACCACCACCCAGCAACGGAUCUUCCACAGACGAGCCUAACUAAAGCCCCUGUCAUGAUGCAGAAGCUACCUGAGCAGGGGGAAAGUCAAAGUGGAAGCAGUUCGGACCAAAACGAUGGUAACGCGACUUCCAGUACGGCCUAUGACACAGCGCAGGAGGACGUUGACGCGGAUCCAGGAGGUUAUAUUGUUAGAGGGCCGACCAGCACGACAAGAAACAGAAGCAACAAAAUCAAAAGCGAGAAGAUGAAUAAGUAUAAGAUGAGUGCCAACGACGAGACCUCCUCAGAUAGAAGAGCUGCGUCAGUUCUGUCGCCGGUGCGAAGCAGGGACCAAGGACGCGGAAGAACUUCUUCCAACGGGGUUCAAGUAGACCGCAUGAGUUCUACUUUCUCGACCUCUUCGAUCCUCCUGGAGCAGGCUUUUGUUUACAAUUCCGACGAUGUCGUCCGUGCUUUCAUGGAAUUGCCAGCAACGGAGCGGGACCAGCUUCUACAGCAUCCGGAGCACGGGUUGAGAAUCAGGCAGCACAUGGACGUCGCAGGAACACCAGCGGGAAAAAACAAGAAGCGCGGUGGAUUUUUACCAUCGGAGGAAGAUAAGAUCCUUAUCAGCAACGACGAGGAUUACGCUGGGUAUGGGAGCCUCGGCUUGCGAGUUUUCAGCCCGCGCGGCAGGAGCGAUUCGCCCAUGGCGAAAACAGGGAACAGGGCAACGGAGGAGAUGCUCGUGCAAGCCACUGCGGGAAUGUUGCGAGAACAAGGAACAAAAUCGGACGGUGCUGGCAGAACAAAAUCUAGAUCACCAGUCCCGCGAGUUGCACACAGGAAAGAAGUUGGCGCAAGAUCUUCCAAUCAAGGGAACGCUUCGCCUGCGCCUGGGGUCGUGGGUACAUCACAACGCGACCAGAAGGAUCAGCCUGCAGCUCUUCCGGAAAACGAAAAAGCGCACACUGGAGAUCGAGAACAACAAGGGCCGUCGCAAAACGUCCCCGGGACGGCGCACCGAACCAGCGGGAACUUAACCAUUGAGAGGAAAACUUCGCUGCAGAGCCAGCAAGGAGCAACAUCGCAAGAGCAGCUACCCUAUGGUUUUUUACCCGCUCCGGCAGCUGCAAAAGCAAAUUCCAUAUCCAGUCGUUCCGAGGGAAGGGGAGCAGCAGCAGGUGCCUCGCAUCUUCAAAAGGAACGACGGAACAACCUUGGCAAUGCUGAUGGACAAAACAAUGCCAAUGAUAGUCUUGUUGCGCAGACGUCCCCGUCCAAGAACGAGAAACCUUCAACACCAGCUACUUUCGCGGGGAAUGAAAAUCCAGUAUCCCCCGAUGAGGCCGACUCGAAAAGUGUCAAGGAGGGUAGAAGUGCUGGCACAAUGACCACUGAAAGCAUCGUCCCUCUUCCCGGCGACACUAGCGACAAAAGUGUGUACGUUGUCAUGAAAGAGGACGACCUGGUUCGGGCUUUGACCAGAGUCUCAUCUCCUUCAUCCACACCCGCAGCAGUUAACGAUGGCAUUUUUACGUCGUCCACUAUCAUGAUUCCUGGUAAGAAUCGUUAUAACGCACUUAUUAGCAGAACGACAAGAAAAGCUUCGACUCCUGCAACAAAAGGUCGCGCGCAGACCACCACGAAUCUCGGAGGUAGUAGGAAAAUGCACAGUGGGCCUGGAGCGCAGCCAGGAAGACAAGAACUUUUACGGAAUGCGAAAGCGAGUCUUGACGAAGACGAGGAAGAGAAAAACGCCAUUCCCUCCUACCAGGAGGUCGAACAGCAAUACUUGCAGCGAAAAAUGCAGCCUGCGCCAGUGGUGGAACCGGAAUUUGACACGAGGGUAGGUGGAGGUUCGGUACUGAAUCUUCAAACCAAACCUCCCGCUCAGCCGUUGUUUCAAGCUCCCCACGUGCCGCACGCGCACGUCCGAUCUGCAGCGACGUCGCCAACUCCGUCGCCGCGGGCCAUGAUGCCAUCGGUGAUGCAAAAGUUCGACCCGAGCCAGCGCCAAGGUAAGACUGGUGCGAUAGAGCGGACCCUGAAGGCCAGUACUGCAACCAAAAGUCGAGCGGGAGAUGUUGCAAAGAAGGGAUCGACUGCAGAAGAGUUGUCGAAAGAAGCACAACGUCCCGGGUCUGUGAGCGAGUCUGCUCCUACGAGAGGUGAAGUUUUGACCAGCACUGGCAGCACUGCCACGAAAACGGAAAAACCUGCACUAGCGUCGUUGAUGACUCGCACGACGAUCGCGCCGCGACCGCAGACACAGUUCGUCCAGGCUGCUCCGACGAUGACCUCUGAAAUGAAUGUUGGCAGCAAGGCCACCUCGUCUCUGGUGAAGUCACAGGAAACUGCUGUAGUGACCCCCAGUAGAAUUUCGCAACAAGCACGAUCAGCAUCGACAAGAAGUGCUCCUCCAACAAAGCGAGACAGAACAAGUAAGGAAUGGCGAGAUGAAAGAAGUGCUUCAAGAGCCCUGCAAGGUCAUGAAGCACCAGAUGUUCCUCUUCUACCGGAGAACUACCCACAGCAUCUAGGUUUCGGCCUUCGGUUCACCAGGAAACAGGACCUAAACACUGGAGGUACUACCUCCAGCACGAUAAUUGGCCGUGCCGCUGGCGAGGAGCAGUCCACAGCAGUACUGUCGAAGUCAACUGGAGUGGCUUUUUCCUCCUCGCUCCUGCAAGGGAAAAGCUUCAGGACAGUUGUUCCGGACGACUACCGGAAUAUCAAUGACAGUAUCCGAGAAUGGAACCUGAGUAAGAACGUGGCGCAGAUGCAGAAAAACCUGCCGCGGUCCUUCACGGCGUCGAAAACGACCACGUCGGACGGCGGCGGUGCGAACUACAGCCAAGUGGACGAAGACCUCGUCCAAGUUUUGUCGGAGUACGUUCAGGAGAUUAAAAACGCAUACGCAGCAGGCGAAACAACUAGUAUUAAAGCGGGCUCGACACCAGCAGGUGCUGGUGACAGCUCCUCUGGAGUGCCAGUAGUAGACCUGCAGCCAGGAGACACAGAAGUAGAUUUGGACGAAUUGGUUCUCGCAAAUAGUACGACCGCUGGAGCAGCGGGUUCGAAAGAAAGCACUUUUUCUUCGAGGAUGUUUUACUUUCCGAAGAAGCGGACCUUCUCCAAUUUGACCGAAAAGCGCACACAGGACCUGUACCGCGAGAAGCGAGAACUGGAGGAAAAACUCCUGAAAACCGUGAUGCGACGGGUGAUGAUGGAAAGAACACGCGCGAAGGUUAAGCAAAAGAAGGUGGAGGCGGAGGACCACCUACAGAGCGAUUCUCGAACAAUAGCGACCAGGAAUUUGUUGUCCUCGCGCGAGUUGUUUUCAAGAAGAGCGACAUCUUCGUCAAGGAGGCCUGGCGUUGUGGAGCGGUUGGAGCGGCAGAAAAAAAUGAGCAACGAGAAUUCCAGGAGCGUGGUUGAAGACGUAAGUAGAAGACCAAAACAGCGGGAACGCACCACUUAUCGUGCAGCAAGAGACGGGGAUGAGCAAAGGGCCUCCAUGAACACGAGGAGAAAAAGCAGAAGUAGCUCACCCGAGGAGCAGACUUCAAGUCAUGAUGAUCUUGCGAAGGAUUACUACCACUCGCCUUCGCGUGCGUCAAGGGACGAGAGGCUCACGGCGGACAUGACGGUUGUUUCGCCGAAAAUCUCCCGGGUCUUGAAGACACCGCAUCGGUGGAACUCCAGAUUUGGGGUGCAAAACCAUAGAGUUUCUACGGGCAAGCUCUCCACGUCUGUGUGUCCAUCCUCGCAGAAGUCCUCGCACAAAGGAGAGUAUAAUUCUUCGGGCCGUGUGCAAAACUACGACGGUUCUCUGCGCGAUCAUUUGAUUGACCAGUACGCAAAAAUGCGGACGUCAUCAAAAACAAGACAGAAUAGCAGUGCAACGGAUCUAGGAGCUUUCGCACAGCUUUCGAAGGCCGAAAACACGAGGCCGUGGUCGUGGCAGAGGGUUCCUAGACUGUCAGCCGCCGCAAGAAAUAAGGACUCUGCGGAUCAUGCUGUUGAUAGAGAGUCGGCCUCUGCUGCCGAACAGAGAAGUUCAACUCCUCUUGCUCUUUCUGACCACGAUGGUUUCGGUCAGGUGCUGAAGCUGCAACACGAGGAAGAACUACGCAUGGGUCGAAGCGCCGGAACAUCAACCCUGGUUGAGGCAAACACAAGAACCACGAGAAACAUGCACAGCACCAGCCGUGAAAGUAUCCUGGCAGCGGAACGGCACAGCAGUACUAGAAGAGAUAGUGAACAAACAGUGAAUAACAAUAACUCUAUGUCCAAGGCGGACUUAACACAAGAACCGCUAGUCGACCGUGCGAAGUUGACCACACAAUAUAGUACCUCGCCACCCUUCAGCACGAAACCGAGGCAGAGCGAAACCGUCGUUCCGGCUAAGCUGUCUCUGCACCUGCCGCAGGACAGGGACGUCGUGGAGAUCAGAUAUUUGGACGGGAACUAUCCGCCUUCGGACGAUCUGUAUUCGGAGCCGUCGGACAUGCUGUUUCCCUCGGGGCGGGAGCAAGAGGACACAAGAACUCAACAUGUCCUCGAGCCUGGAACCUUUCGCAAAGAAGCAGUUUAUGCAGGCGAACGAAAGAGAAGCGCCCAGGAAUCGCGGGGGAAAACACACGACCUAGAGCAGGUUGAGCACGACGAGAACAAAAAGAAGUCCCCGACCCGGCAUCCCUCACGACUGAAUUCGCGUCAAAACACGUUUUCCGCACCACACAAGCGCAGUCGCUUUCUGUCCAAGAAGUUCGACACGCAUAACGAGUUAGCUUCGCAGGCAAGCCUCGCGCUAGCAAAACACUCAACUACCGAAGUAAAUAAGAGCACCUUUUUCAGACCACCACUAGUCCAGCUGCAGCCGCUACCCUCCACGAUCCAAAUUCCGGUUUUGGAGGACGAUGAGAGCGCUUUGGAGGACCAGCACAACCAGCUUGACGAUCUCGACCGAGACCCCCGGCGCACGAGCCAGAUUCUCGCGGACAUGCAUCGCAAAAUCGAGCACUUGGGUUCGCUGGUGAACUUUGAGGAAAAGACCAUCAAGCGCCUGAACACAUUCCACCACAGCAGCGCCGGGUCGGUCGGGUCGCUGUCCAUGAUCUGGGAGCAAUUAGAUUUCGCGGAGGAUGACGAGGAGGGUGAUCAAGGGGAAAAUGGAAGAAACGGCGGAACUACCAAAAUGCCUGCUUCGCGGGCAAGAAAUUAUCGACGUUUAGUACAACUACGUCACAGCCGCAGCACCGCAGAUUCAGAAUUGGAGGCGGCAGGAGAGGAUCAUCAGGACGACCACGAAAUUGUAGAGGGGGCGCACCACGACUACACUGGUUCUGAAGAACACCAGCAUCACCGCUCUAUUCCGACGGAGCAACAUGGGCACGAGCGACCUGACCACACGCACACCACACUCUCCCACAGUCGCGCUUCCAGUCUUGAGCACACAACAAGCCAACAGCCGACGGUCAGUCACGUUCCGAGUAAAAAUGGAGAUGUUUUUGACUACACAUCUGAGGCAGAGAAACGACUUGCUUUGGUGGGCGGGUCAAACAGAAAUCAAAACCAUACCACGGCUUUAUCGAGCAAGGGGAAUGAUUUUCCGAGCAGCAAAGAUCAGUCAAGCUCGAAGUCGAGCGCUGGCACUCAACACGAACGAGGUCAUACAACCGCGGUCAUAUCGUCAUCACCUACCCAUUACGAAGCACACCGAACGGUGCCCUCGCAUCUGGUGCACACUACGGCAGUCGAGCGAAGUUUGUUGGACCACAGUCACGAUAGCCACGGUGCGCUCUCGGGAAGCGGCCAGCGCAGCGGGCGCGCGUCUUCAUCCGGAAGAGACAGUCACAGUGGGAACAAGAAAGCUGCGAGUAAAACUUCUAGUUCGAAGAUCGCAAAGGAAGUGCCAGCACCUCCAAAGCGCAGUACAACAUCGCAAAGCAGUAAGGAGAGCCCGAAUUAUACCAGAACCAGCUCAACUACCCCGAUUGAUGUCGUGAAGCAAAACGCGACCGCGGUGACAGCUGCUGCUGCAACUCCCAAACCCGCUGCGAUUUCGGAUAAAAUUAAUGGCACUUCUACUGCCUCCAGGCCAUUGCAGCAAUCAAAAGGCGAGAGCUCGAAGGAGCUGGCGAGAAAGGGCAGUGCGGCACCAGGCAGAGCAGUACACGCGCACGGCAUUAACGGUAAUGGCGUGCCGCCACUUCCGCUGGGUGACAUGCGCACAAACUACGGAAAGAACAAAGCUCCUUCUACAACGACGCAAGGCCAGCCCUUGUUGGACAGAUCCGUCGACACGCCGCAGGGUGAAAAGCACGCAAAACAGAAAAGAGCUGCUGCCACCACUCCCACCCCUCCUUCCGAUAUUAGUGGAACGCCCCGGACGAAAAUAAAACCCUACUCAGAAGCGGACCUGGAAGAGGUAGACAAAAUAUUGAAGCGAAAAGUUGUCCACGUCGGUGGGGAAACGGACGUAAACAAAAACCUGCACGAAUUCGAGCAGAAACAUCAUUUCGCUGCGGUAGAAAAAGCUAAGCGCGAUACCGUUGUGCGCAGCAGCAUUGUUGGAAGAGGAUCUUCCUCUGCUGGUGCAUCCACGUCCACAAUUAGUACGCCUGCUGUCCAGAUGAAGCUCCUGAACAAAGCCCCCAGCACGACCGCAGCACAGCAGGCAAAGCCAAUGCAAAGUGUCUCCGCUGGUGGUAGGUCGAGCGUCGCCUCCUCCGCCGCUUCUGGACGUGCAGCGGUUACGGAUAAGGCAAGCAACCCUAAGCUGCCAGCUGCUAAGACAGCAACAGCAGGCAGAACCUCGUCUUCAGUAGCGGCACCUGCACAGUCUCCAUCUGUCGGCGUCAAAAUGAAAGCCGCGACCUCAAGCGCGACCGUGCUGUCAAAGGCGGCUAUGACUCCUGUGGCUGGAACUGCAGGAAAAACAAGUACUAGCGGCAUCGGGAGUAAAGCGCCAGCAGUGCAGCUACCCACUACGUCUCAAACUGCGGCACAAGCAUCAGUUACUCCUGCCAAGUCAAUAAAGCCUGAGACUACGGCGAAACCUCCAUCGGCGUCAGCAACUUCAAGACCACCUAGUGCGCCGGUCGGUGCUGCGACUUCCGCGAAGGCGACCUCUGUGACUGCGGAUCGUUCGUCGAAAGCAGCCUCUGCACCGAGCAAGUCAGCUACCUCUGCGGCCAAGACAGCUGCAGCUUCAGGCACCUCCGCUUCUGGGAAGCUGGCGACUAGCUCUGCAGCAGCAAAACAAGCCGCGAACUCCAAAACGCCAGCCGCCAAGAAUGGACCGGGUCCUCCUUCCGUUUCUAGACCUUCUUCGGCCAAGAGUGCCGUGCCAUCGUCGGCAAAGAGUGUGCAACUGUUCAUGACGGAACCCGAAUCGGAUCGGAGUUGCAGUAGCAAUUUCACCCGCUCGUCGAGUUCUAGUACAACUUCUGCAGUAGUGAAGAUGUCUUCACGAGGAGGACCUCAUGAUGGUCCUCUUCGCGGCGAUAUUUUUGCAACUUAUGCUGGUCCAACCGAAGAACGGGACCAAGUCGUUCUAGUAGAUCUGUACGGGCAAAGAAAGAACAAUCCGGACGACUGCGACACCGAAGGAGAAUGGUCUGAGGAAAUCUGCGAGUCCUGCCAAACCAUGAUACCCUGCUCAUCUGUAGGUUGCGAGAAUUUGCCCACACAGGAGGUGGACCAUUAUUUCGAAGACGAGGCGCAAUACCUCUCCGAUCCCGAGCCACGCGACCUUCUCCCUGCUCCGACAGCGCUGCUGCGUGACGACAAGAGAAGCAGAGAGACAACCAGUUCUCACGUGGUCGUUCGACCCAACAUCGAGUACGAGCAGGCCGACACGGGAUUUCUCUCCCGGAUCGACAACGACUGGAGCACUCUGGGGUUGCGGGAAAGCGCAAUUGGCUCCAGGCACGCCGGACCGGGCGAGCGGAUGACGGAGGCGCGAAACAAGAGGAGUGGGAUGUUUGAGGUUGUUGACAGUGUGCUCGUCAAGGGGGAUGAAAAGAACUGUAGUACCGUUAGCAAUAGCACAAAGCGCCGCAAGAGCAGUCGCAGCCCAGCUGCUCGAUCUAGAAUAUCAGGUCAGUAUGUGCGGGCGCCAGCGGCGGAUCGUGAUUUUUUUUCAAGUUGAUCUUGAUUUCCUCGAAACAUGUUGCACUCUUUCACGAAAAACACAACCAAGCAC